AUGAGGAAGAGCGAUGUGAGCCCUUUCCCAGCUUUGCUCUGUCUGUGCUGGGUGAUGAUCCGAGUUCGACAAAUUUCUGUGAAAGUUAGCAACUCCUACGAGCUUAGUGAGGAUUAUGGAUUACUCAUGUACUUAGUGCAGGAAAUCAAAAACAGCCCCGGGAUUCACAAAGUUCAUAGCCACAUAUCCUUCACUUUCCGAGAAGAUGUAAAUCUGUUCAUGGGAAGGGGGACGGCGCCUGUGAAGUUGGGUACCUCAGCAGCGCGGGAGUCAGUGUGGCCCCAGGGCGCUCGAGCAGGUGCUGCUUGCGACACCCGAUUCCAGAAACUGAAGUUCAUCGCCUUUGCCUCUUUAUUCUUCAUCCUAGUUUCGAUCACAACUUUUUGCCUGGAAACGCAUGAGGCUUUCAAUACUAUUAUAAACAAAACUGAACAGGUCGUCAAUGGGACAGAAACUGUGCUACAGUAUGAAAUUGAGACAGAUCCUGCCCUGACAUAUGUGGAAGGAGUCUGUGUGGUAUGGUUUACAUUUGAAUUUUUAGUACGUGUUGUUUUUUCCCCCAACAAACUUGAAUUCGUCAAAAACCUCUUGAAUAUCAUUGACUUUGUGGCCAUCCUGCCCUUUUACCUAGAAGUGGGCCUGAGCGGGCUCUCCUCCAAAGCUGCUAAGGACGUGCUUGGUUUCCUCAGGGUGGUCAGGUUUGUGAGGAUCCUGCGAAUCUUCAAGCUCACUCGGCACUUUGUGGGCCUCAGGGUGCUGGGCCACACUCUGCGAGCCAGCACCAAUGAAUUUUUGCUGCUGAUAAUAUUCCUGGCACUCGGCGUUUUGAUAUUUGCCACUAUGAUCUACUACGCAGAGCGGGUGGGAGCUCAGCCUAAUGACCCGUCAGCGAGUGAGCACACACAGUUCAAAAAUAUCCCUAUCGGCUUCUGGUGGGCUGUAGUCACCAUGACCACCCUGGGGUAUGGUGAUAUGUAUCCACGGACUUGGUCAGGCAUGCUGGUGGGAGCCCUCUGUGCACUGGCUGGAGUACUCACUAUAGCCAUGCCCGUGCCUGUGAUAGUUAAUAAUUUUGGGAUGUACUACUCCCUGGCCAUGGCAAAGCAGAAACUACCAAGGAAGCGGAAGAAGCACAUCCCUCCUGCUCCUCAAGCCAGCUCACCCACCUUCUGCAAGACAGACUUGAACAUGGCCUGCAAUAGCACACAGGGUGACAUCUGCCUGGGCAAGGAUAACCAGCUGAUGGAGCACAACAGAGCAUCAGUGUUAUCAGGUGAAGACAGUGCAGGAAGUGAGCAGCCACUCUCACCUGGUGAAAGGCUCCCUCCCAUCAGACGCUCUAGUACAAGAGACAAAAACAGAAGAGGGGGAACAUGUUUCCUACUGACAACAGGUGAUUACACGUGUGCUACUGAUGGAGGGAUCAGGAAAGUGUUGUACAGAAUUUAUCAUGGAUUUUUGACUGCUGAAAAAGGGACAAUGGAAUUUAGCCAUACCAAGGACUGUACGGGAAAGAGACUGCUGCUGCUGAAUGGGCCCUGAUAAACAUCUCACGCCUUGAGGAGGUUACUGAGACUUUACGUGUGAAGUAGAGCUUGUUAAAGAAGAUUAAGGACUGCUCAUAAUUACUGCUGCCAGAGAAAGGGGUAACUAGUCGCUGUUGAUGAAUCAACUGUAAAUAAAAUGUGUGUGCAUGGAAUAUAAGUUUUUAUCUAUAUCAAGGAAAGCUGAAUUCAAGUCAUCAUUGCUAAAGCUCCAUGCAAAGACCCACGCCCCUGUGUGUAUUCUUACUGGUUCCUGCAGUAACUUGUGCUGUGCAUCAUACAAAGACACACACUUAAUAAUGAUAGUGAUGUAAGCUGCAUCUGUCUUGCCUCCUGUCAUAAUAAUGGUAUAUUUUGCAAAGGUCACAAAUAUGAUCAGAGUAGGUUUGCAUAAUUCCUUGCUUUCUCAGUUUGCCAUGACCUAUAUUUGUAUGAAUUCUAGUGUACAUGCCAAGUCUUAAGUUACUUUUCACUUUGAUAACAGAUAUGUGACUGCAGACAAACAUCACUAAAUUUGUUCACAGCACACAGUCUUCUUCCAUUGUUACCUCAAACUAUAAGUAUUAUGAG